AUGCACUACUAGGGUGACGUCUUGCGUGAAAUACACGCUCUUACGUCACGGUGGGAGUACUCAAUCAGGAGAAAUGAACGUACAUCAGCACAAUCCUCUCAGCGCUCCCAAUGUUUUAUUUCUUUAAUUCCGGGGGGAAGAGUGGAAAUACCGAAGUAAUCGCUGAAAUCGGACAACUGUUCUGGCGACAAGUUUUUUUGAGGAUUAUUGCUGAAAUUUUAUUCCAUUUGCAAAAUUGGAAGACUUGCUGUGGGAUUAAAUGCAGAAUUUUUUUCUAUUCCCUCUAUACAAAGAAGAAAGGAAGUCGACUCUAAUGGUUGGGAUUGAAGGUGACCCUGGACACUGAGUCAGGCCGGACUGAGCAGGCCUUAUGACGAGCAUGGCUAUGAGCCAAUCCGCUGAUGCAUGUACACUCACAAGCUCGAACUGAGUGCUGCUGCCGGGCUUUGACCCGCUCCUCAAAAGGUGUAGCUAGAGCACCCCCACCCCUACUCCCCACCCCCACGGCCUCUCUAUGGGACUACAGCCUGAGGCGUACUGUGUUGCCCCCUGAUGGAUCACAGUGGUAGUGAACAAAAUGAUGAGGAGCUGGACCCAGGAGGCCAAGAGGUGCCAGAGCCAGAGAGCAGCCUGUCCAAAAUCACCCACAAUGCCUUGGAGAAUAUAGGUGUCCUGGGGCAGGGCCUGAAGCAGCUCUUCAUUCACCAGCGAAGACGCGCCUCCGUGUCGCCGCACGACGCAGGCUCCUCCCCCUCUGCCUCCUCCACGGGCAGUCCCGCCCCCGAGCCCCUGGAGGCGGCGCCGGAGGCAGGGGACGGCCCCCCGGCCCUCCCUGACACUGACGCCCCCGCUUCCGCCCACCCCACAGCUCUGAACCGCGUGCUGCUGCAGAUCCGAGGCGCCCCCAUGAUGAAGCGAGGGACCAGCCUGCAGAGCCGCCGCAGCAAGGCUGCCGGGGACCCCCCCAAGGGCAGCCCCCAGAUCCACCGCCGCAGCACCCAGGAGGCCCUCAUACAGGUGGGCCGCCCCCGCUCCUCCUCCACCACGGACACCCCCACCAGCCCCGCCCUGGCCGAUGUGCUGCUGGCCUCCGGAUACCCCUCCGCCGAGGAGCCCGAGAGGGACUUUUCCCAGGGCAGGCGAGUAUCCACUCAGAGCGACAGCAUCCUCUUUUCCUGGCUGUCUGCAGGACACAGGCGCUCUCUCCCAACCGGAGGAGGGGCCCCCUUCUACCCCUCUGGGAUCGAGCGGCUGGAGGUGAGUGGCCUGGCGCAGCCGGCCAGCGCGCUAGCCUGCGGCGCUGAUGGCUCCUACGCGGUGGACGUGGUGGACAGCACGCCGGACCCGCAGCGCACCAAGCAGGCCAUCACGCAUCUGCAGCAGAAGAUCCUGCGGCUCACCGAGCAGAUCAAGAUCGAACAGACGGCGCGCGACGACAACGUGGCCGAGUACCUGAAGCUGGCCAACAACGCCGACAAGCAGCAGAGCGCCCGCAUCAAGCAGGUCUUCGAGAAGAAGAACCAGAAGUCUGCGCAGACCAUCCAGCAGCUGCAGAGGAAGCUGGACCACUACCACCGCAAGCUGAGGGAGGUGGAGCACAAUGGCAUCCCGCGCCAGCCCAAGGACGUCUUCCGGGACAUGCACCAGGGCCUGAAGGGCGUGGGCGCAAAGGUGACAGGCUUCAGCGAGGGCGUGGUGGACAGCGUGAAGGGCGGCCUCUCCAGCUUCUCCCAGGCCACGCACUCGGCGGCCGGGGCGGUGGUGUCCAAGCCGCGGGAGAUCGCCUCGCUCAUACGGAACAAGUUCGGCAGCGCGGACAACAUCUCGGGCCUGAAGGACUCCCUGGACGAGUCGCAGGGCGAGGACGGCUCCCGGCCGCUGGGCGGAUGCGGCCACCUGCAGUCCAGCCCCAGGUACGGCAGCGAGGACGACUGCUCCAGCGCCACCUCGGGCUCCGCCGGCGCCAACAGCACCACCGGGGCCCCCGGGGGCCCCCCCAGCUCCAAGACCAACGCGCUGGACAGCACGCAGAGCUCAGGUUUCGACGCGCUCUUCCACGAGAUUCAGGAGAUCCGUGACACUCAGAGCCGUCUGGAGGAGUCGUUUGAGAGCCUCAAGACGCACUACCAGAAGGACAACACCUUAAUCAUGGAGGCCCUGCAGGAAGAGCGCUACAGGUGUGAGCGGCUGGAGGAACAGCUGAAUGACCUGACUGAGCUCCAUCAGAACGAGAUCCUCAACCUGAAGCAGGAGCUGGCCAGCAUGGAGGAGAAGAUCGCCUACCAGUCAUACGAGCGAGCGCGGGACAUCCAGGAGGCGCUGGAGGCCUGCCAGACGCGCAUCUCUAAGAUGGAGCUGCAGCAGCAGCAGCAGCAGGUGGUGCAGCUGGAGGGGCUGGAGAACGCCACGGCGCGCACGCUGCUGGGCAAGCUGAUCAACGUGCUGCUGGCCGUCAUGGCCGUGCUGCUGGUCUUCGUCUCCACCGUGGCCAACUGCGUGGUGCCGCUCAUGAAGACGCGCAACCGGACCUUUAGCACUUUCUUCCUGGUGGUCAUGUUGGCUUUCCUGUGGAAAAACUGGGACGCCAUCUCGGGGUACAUGGACCGCUUCCUGCAGCCGCCCAGAUAGCCUGCCGCGGGACUCGCCGGGCGCACCGGGUGGCGGGAGAAUUCUGACGACAGGACAACUGGGCACAGACCACGCAGGGGGCGGUCCGAGAAGAGAACGGUGGCCCGCCUUCGUUUUUCAAGGAAAGGAGUGAAUCUGUUUACAUUUUGGAGAAAAAGUUCUUUCUUUUCUUGCAGGACGCAUUGUAAUACAUUUCUUCAUUUCUAGAAAUUCAUCAGAUUUAUUGUUUAUUAUUAUUAUUAUUAUUAUUAUUAUUAUUUUAUUUUGUUGGAUUACAUGUAGCAUUAAGUUUCUCACGCGCUGGUGUCUCUGCUGGAGGUGGGGUACGCGCCAGCGGGAGAGCACACCGGAAUCGGCCCCUCGCUGUGAAGAGCGAGCACAUUCCAGAGAGGCGCCGGGGCCGCUCCCCGCCGCGGGCCGAGCCGCGAGGGGGCGGGGGCGCGGGCGACGCAACGCAGGGCGACACUCGGCCAAACCCACCUCACAUGCGUUUGAGUUUUUACUUUUCUUUUUUUUUUUUCUCUUCACUCCAUUGAGCUCGGAGACGGAAGGAGGACGACGCUCCGUUUUCUCCCGGGGGAAAAAAAAUAAACGAAGCAAAAUGAAAAAAAACGGACGAUAAAGUCAGACGAACAUACUUGAAGAGCGUCACGCUCAAAGACUCUCAGUGCUUCCGUACUGUUUCUAUUAGUGAUGGAUUUGAGUCGUUUUUAGUUCUUUUUUAUUUUUUAAAGAAAUAAAUAAAACGCUGUUUUAAAAGGAAGUAAUGAGUGAAUAAUUGAAGGCGCGUGGGAGAGAAGGGUAAAGCGCGGAGCCUGUCGGUCACCGGGGCAUCAGAAAGAGGCCGUGCGCGUGUUAGCGCUCUGCCCUGGCUGCAGCGGAGUUGGCGGGAGGCUGUGUCAGCCUGCUGCUGCAGUGUUACGCCCCGCGGCUCUGCACUCACACACUGCUGCCUUCCCCGCGCUCAUCGCUCUGCGCGCUCUGUGCGCUCUCUGGCCUGCGUCUCGCUGUCCUGCGUCUGGCCUGCGGUGGCUCACGUUCUGCUUGCUGCCAUUUUGAAUUUCCCACCGGUAGGAAAAUGAGGGUGCUGAAAAGCGUAGUGUGGUCUGGUGGUGCCAUGGCCGAGGGGUCUCGUGUGAAGUUGUGUGGUUAGGCUCCUCAAGUAGUUUCUCUUUUUGCGGGGUGCUUAGCAGUUAGGGCAGGGGGUGGGGUACGUUUUGGACGCCUUUGAGCCGUUAGUGGUCUGGAGGGUAGAUUCAUGCUCAGUAACGGAAAUGAGCCAGGGGUCAGAGUAUUGCACAAAUGGCUCCGCCCCCAGUGUCUCAGCAUUACAUUCAGGAGCUCAUAGGGAGCACAUAGUGGACAUGGUUGGACUUCACUCCUCAGUCAUGACAGGAGACCACAGGGGUGUUCAGUCAGAGGCAGGUGACUGUAUUGGCCACUGUAUUCAGGCACGUACAGGCCUUUUCUGUAGGGUUAGGAAACUCAGGCAUCCUCUCCCUCCAUCGCCCUGUUCUGUACGCUGGCAGUGGCUAAGAGUGCCUCCCCAGAUGCUUACUCCAGCUGGGGGCCCGAGUACAGCCUUUCUCUUCAUCAUCCUUCGUGCCAAAAGAAGUCUUACAUCAGAUCCAUGGUUUUAUGAAGAUAACCUUUCCAAUUUGACCCGACUACUGUUUGUUUACAAAGAAACCUUGCACUGUUCCAUGAGUUAAAAUGGAAAAAGUUAUUUUUGUAUUUUUCAAGAGUACACAUACAUUCUCUUGUGGGUCUCCGCUUCAUGUUGUCCAUAAAUGUACAGAAUUCUGACCAUAAAUCCAGGUCGACUCCCACUGAAGGCUGUCCUCCCAUUCAGCAGUGAUGUUGUGCUAGCACCCCCGCCCCCCACCACCAACCCCCCACCCCAAAGCCUGACCUCUGAGCGAACUCCCGCCUCUCCGCUCUGCAUUUUCCGCUCGACCUUUCUUUGGCCACCUGCGUGACGUGGCCGUACUGGGCCUGUUGUGCAGGCUGUAGUGUGGCUGCCCUGCGAGUGUGUGCGCCAGGCUGCUUAUGCAUCCAAAAUGGACUGCCACACUGGAGCGCACACAUGCGUAUAAUCAGGAUAUACCGUAGGUGCUAACGUCAGCAGAUCCUCCUCAGAUAUGGUUUCAUCAGUGCAGACGGUGAUGUCGGUGGGCAGAGUUUGUUUUUCAGUGUUGUGCAGAAGCCAGUGCUCUUUCUGGUGCUUCCAGUGACAGGCUUGUUUAGUGACGGGCAGUGGUCCUGCUGUGCUCUCACCAUGUGGGAUUAGUGAGGGUGGAGGGGUAAUGAACAACUCCAGUGCCUUUUGUGUUUUUUUUAUAAAAGUGUGUGAAUAAUAAAGUGGAGCAUUCCUGGUUUACCUGUUGAGACAGUAUCUUUUUUAAAAACAAAACAUUUUUUGUGAAAUUUAUGAUUAUUGUGCAUUGUUGCCCAUGAUCUCUUGCCUGCAUAUGAUUCUGUCAUGGUAUUUACAGUACAGUACAGCAUUUGCCAAAAAAAUAUUGUAGAAAUGACGAAUAUUGAAAAUAUAACUCCCUCUGAAAACAUACAUCCAUCAAGAUAACUUUUUUCCUCCCCAAUUUUUUUUGUUCCAUACCACCUCAUGUACUACAUUAGAUCUAUCUUGAGUCAGUACUUCGUUAUUUAAAUCAAUGCCUGUGGUUUUGGUUCUGAUGUGACAGUGCAGGGUACCCUGUGCUGUAUGUUCAGUAUCAGACAAAUACAAAAUAAGGUUCUGUGGCUGUUCACUCAACUCUCAAAUGCAUACUGUAUGCUGCAUACUGUGAGACGCAUACUGUGUGAUGCAUACUGUAUGAUGCAUACUGUGUGAUGCAUACUGUAUGGGUUUGCAGUGGUCUUGAGGGUAAAUUCUGUGUUUCCUGACUGGUGGAUUCUGACCCUUUCAAAGACUUAUACAAUGGAUCAAAGUGGUUAUUGGGUUCUAUUAAGUCGUUUGGUGAAAGGGUUAAGCUCUUAGAGGUGUGUGUUCGUGCGUGUGUAUGCAUUGAGGAAAGGACAUUGUGAGGUAUUCAGCCGUUUGUGCCAAAUCUAAAAUUGAAGCAUCUCCAUUCAGAGCGUGCGUCACAUGCAUCGCUUGUGUUCCUAUGUUCCUAUGUGCUUGCCCCUGGCUCAUGCGUUAUUUUUUCCUGUCUUGCAUUAGGGUGCAGGAAAGCAACUGCCUCAUUGCACAGUAUUUUGAAAAUGGCCUGUUUGGCCUAACUGCCUAUAGUAAAAACUCUUGUUUGAUUAAAUUGGACAUAAAAUUCAUGACGCACUGAGUAAAGCUGAGUAAAUAAAUUUGAAUAUUUUGCAUACUUUUUUUUUUUUUUAUUGUUUUAUGGCCAUAUGGCAAUUUGUUUCUCUCUGUGACCUUUAGAGGUCUGAGAAUGAAAUACUGCUCAUAAGUUAUUUUUAGUAUUUUGGUAUCAAAUACUAAAUGGGAUUUUAAUUAUUUCCAAAUAUAGCUCUAAAAGGCCAAUAAAAAAAGAUACUGUCUCAAAAUUUGCAUUUUUUGUUGUCUUCACUGCGACACGCUGUUUAACCAAGGAAAGUCAUAACUUGGAGAGCCUCCUAGUGGCGGCGUGUUGAUUUUAAUAAGUAUUGAGGAAAUCAAACUAGUCCUGUACAUGUGCGUGUUGUGUGCGAGGUGGUUCAGUACCAUUAGUAGGUGUCUCUUUAAGCCCUGAAAGUGUUCUCGCCUGUUAUUUGACUCACAAACACGGGUUGGAAGUAUGGUGAAAAGAAAAUAAAUUGCUUGUGGAAGUAACAUUAGUUUUAGAGUCAAAGCUGCUAAUUGUAAAAGGAAGCUUACUGAAGAUUUAUAUUGAUGUCCUGUUCCAGUCUGUCACAAGAUUUAUGUGGCUGUUUCCAUGUACAAUAAAACCGAAAUAAAGACCUCAGCUGUUA